UUUUCCGAACUCUUCAAGAGUGACAAUCGAAGGAAAUUCGAUUUGAAUUGUAAAAGUAAAGAAAAUACAAAAAAAUUAGUGAUAAUAACAAUGAAAUCAAGGACUUACAACGAUUAAAAAUAAUUAAUCAGCUAUUGGAUAUUAAAAGAGUUGUGGCCACGAAAUUGCAAUACAGUUUUUUUUAAAAAAAAACGUAAAAAAAUCCAAUUGAUCCUUUAUGCCAAAAACAUUCUAAGUGAAAAAGAGACCGAAAAAGUGCUAACUGUUGAUUUAAAGCAAAUUUUAAAAUUACUUAAAAAUUUAUAAUCGAACGGAUAAGGGUCCUUUUACAUCUAGACGACAAAUGCUACAAAAAAAAAUAAUCUAUUAUUAAAAUUGCUUCAAAAUGUCGGAUGACGCCGAGAAGGGGGAACCCCAAUAUGACAUUCAAUAUGCCGAGGAGUAUAUGCUUACGGAAAUUGAAAAAUCAUUUAUAUUAGCAGCAGAACGUGGUGAUCUUCAGGGUGUUAAAGCAAUUAUCAACGAUAACCAAGGUCAACCGGAUAAAUUUAAUAUCAACUGUGUUGAUCCCAUGAAUCGUUCAGCACUCAUUUCUGCCAUAGAGAAUGAGAAUUAUGAUCUAAUCAUUGUGCUACUGGAGGCGGGUAUUCAAGUGGGCGAUGCCCUUUUGCAUGCCAUUUCGGAGGAAUAUGUUGAGGCAGUCGAGGAACUCUUGCAGUGGGAAGAACAAAAUCACAAACCGGGUACUCCGUACAGUUGGGAGGCUGUAGACCGUGCCAAAUCAACAUUCACCGUAGAUAUUACCCCCCUUAUAUUGGCCGCCCAUCGAAAUAAUUAUGAAAUUUUGAAAAUUUUGCUGGAUCGCGGAGCCACUCUUCCGAUGCCGCAUGAUGUCAAAUGUGGAUGCGAUGAAUGCGUUACAUCACAGGAAACCGACUCUUUGCGUCAUUCGCAGGCGCGUAUAAACGCCUACCGUGCCUUAUCUGCCAGUUCGCUGAUUGCUCUUAGUUCUCGUGAUCCGGUCUUGUCAGCAUUUGAAUUGGCAUGGGAAUUGAAACGUCUUCAAAGUAUGGAAUCAGAAUUUAGAGCAGAGUAUUCGGAAAUGAGACUUGGAGUACAACAGUUUGCAACGUCACUGCUGGAUCAUGUCAGAACAUCGACUGAAUUGGAAGUUAUGCUAAACUACAAUCAUGAGCCAUCAAACGAAAUCUGGACACCAGGAAAGAGGCAAACAUUGGACAGAUUGAAGCUGGCUGUUCGUUUCAAACAAAAAACGUUUGUAUCCCAUCCCAACGUACAGCAGUUACUGGCCGCAAUUUGGUACGAAGGUCUGCCAGGUUUUCGACGAAAGACGGCAUCUCAACAAAUCAUAGAGGUAGUUAAACUGGGAUGCAUGUUUCCCAUCAACAGCAUGAACUACUUAAUGUGCCCGGAAUCGGAUGCUGGAAAAUUUAUGAAGAAACCUUUUGUUAAAUUCAUAUCGCAUUCCUGUUCUUAUAUGGUGUUUUUAAUGCUCUUGGGUGCCGCUUCUUUGCGUAUUGUGCCGAUUAUGUUUGAACUAUUGGCUUUCCCUUGGAUGUUGGAAAUGUUGGAGGAUUGGAGAAAACAUGAAAGAGGAUCAUUGCCGGGACCAAUUGAAUUGGGUAUCAUCACAUACAUUGGCAGUUUAGUUUUUGGCGAAUUAAAGGCUUUAUACUCCGAUGGGAUCUUCGAGUAUAUUGCGGAUCUCUGGAAUAUAGUUGAUUUUAUAUCCAAUAUGUUUUAUGUUACAUGGAUACUUUGUAGAGCUACAGCUUGGAUUGUAGUUCAUCGUGAUUUAUGGUUCCGUAACUUAGACCCUUAUUUUCCGCGAGAACAUUGGCAUCCCUUCGAUCCGAUGUUGCUUUCCGAGGGCGCCUUUGCUGCGGGCAUGGUAUUUUCCUACUUGAAGCUAGUGCACAUAUUCUCCAUAAAUCCUCAUUUGGGACCUCUGCAAGUAUCCUUGGGCCGCAUGAUAAUCGAUAUCAUAAAGUUCUUCUUUAUCUACACCUUGGUGCUGUUUGCCUUUGGCUGUGGUCUCAAUCAAUUGCUGUGGUACUACGCUGAAUUGGAACAACGCAAAUGUUAUCACUUACAUCCAGAUGUUGCUGAUUUUGAUGACCAGGAAAAAGCCUGUACAAUAUGGAGAAGAUUUUCCAACCUUUUUGAAACCUCACAAUCCCUUUUCUGGGCUUCAUUCGGUUUGGUUGAUCUGGUCUCGUUCGAUUUAGCAGGUAUCAAGAGCUUUACUCGCUUCUGGGCCCUAUUGAUGUUUGGCUCUUACUCGGUAAUCAAUAUAAUCGUAUUGCUCAAUAUGUUGAUUGCCAUGAUGUCCAACUCCUAUCAAAUCAUUUCUGAACGUGCCGAUGUUGAAUGGAAAUUUGCCCGUUCCCAAUUAUGGAUAAGCUAUUUCGAAGAUGGCGGCACUGUGCCUCCACCAUUUAAUAUGGUUCCGUCUGUGAAACUAUUGAAGAAAGCAUUUGGAAAGGUGUCUCGCAAGCGAUCAAAAAGUUUUAUGCGUAAAUCUAUGGAAAAGGCUAUGGCUCUGCAUGAGAAAGUAAUGAAGCUUUUAAUACGACGCUAUGUCACAGCUGAACAAAAACGCCGUGACGAUUUUGGCAUCACUGAAGAUGACAUCAUUGAAGUGCGUCAGGACAUUAGCUCACUGCGUUUCGAACUGUUGGAGAUUUUCCAAAACAACAACUACGAAGUACCGGAUAUUGAAAAGAAAACAGCGGCCGCCGUCAAUAAAAAAGGAAAGGUCAUGGAGCGACGUAUUCUUAAAGAUUUCCAAAUAGGCUUUGUCGAAAAUAUCAAAGAAGAAAUGACUGAAGGAACUGAUAUUUUCACAUCUAUAGCAAAGGCCAUGAACAAAAGGAAAGCACAAAAAGGUGAAAAAGACUGGAAUGCUAUUAUGCGUAAAAAUACAUUGGGAUCAAAUCCAAUCGGUACCAAACGCUCCUCCAUGAAACGUCUCUCACAACGAAGUCUCAGACGCCACAUAAUAGAAACUGCUAACGAAGGCCUCCGGAUGGAUCAAAGUACACUUAUUGAAUAUAAUCCCAAUCUGACCGAUGUGAGCAGAGCAACAAGAGUAGCCUAUGUUAAAUUUAUGAAAAAGAAGUUGGAGGCUGAUGAAACUGCAACAGAACAGCAGACAGACCAACAGACAGAACAAUCUGUAGAAACAACGGAUGAGAGGAGAAAAACCAUGAAACGAGGACAGACAAAAAAAGCAGAAAUAGCAAAACCCCCAGAUGCCAACAAAAAGGAAGAUGCGAAACCACCACCAACGGCCGAUAAAUCUAAGCCACCUGCACCUAACGCUGCACCCAAACCUGGCGGUGGACCAGCCCCACCUAAUAAACCAGAGGGCUCAGCAGCUAAACCUGGAGUGACCAAACCUGGCGAAACCUCAAAACCGCCAGCAGCUGGUGCAAAGAAGGAGGAAAGUGCUAAGCCCGCCCCAAGUCCAGCUGGACCUGCCAAAGGAGCUGCUCCUUCGGCUCCGGGUAAACCUGACGCCAAUGCAAAACCUGCAAGCGAUGCCACUAAACCUCCAGCUGAUAGUUCAGCAAAGCCCACCGAUGGCGAAGAUAAAAAAACCGCUGAGAAGAAAACCGAUGAUAAAAAACCCGAAGACAAAAAACCCACCGAUAAAAAACCUGAAGACAUAAAAUCAGGUGACAAAAAACCAGAUGACAAGAAACCCGAUGACAAAAAAUCCGAUGAGAAGAAACCAGAUGACAAAAAACCCGAAGACAAGAAACCUGAUGACAAGAAAUCCGACAAAAAAGCUGAAGACAAAAAACCAAAAACAAAUCUUGGCCAAAGUAGUGCAGCGGCCGGUGGAGAUCGUGGCAAAUCGACUGUUACUGGGCGCAUGAUUUCGGGUUGGCUUUAAUGGUUGAAAUUUUUACCGGUCAUAAAUUUAGAUAUACAACCAAAUCUGAAUUCAUAUUUUUUUUAACACAGAUUAAUAUAUAAUAAAAUUAUGAAAAAAAUAUAAAA